GGUGAUGGUUUAAUUCUUUCCAUGAGGACCCAACAUUGGAUCCCUCAACAAGCGGUAUCCUUUUGUUCAGUGCGAAUGGCGUUGCCGUGACAGCAGACACGAGUAGAUGCUCGUAGACUUGGUGGACUUGAAGUAUCUGGUUGCAUCAGGGCGAUCCAUCUUGGUAAGGCUACACCGCACUAGAAGUGUGACACUGAAGCAUACAGCGGGUCAACAAUUGGCCCUUCGGAUUUGAACCAGAGCUCAAGGCAAAAAGAAGAAAGGAAAAAAAAAAAAAAGUGCUUUCUCGGAUCCAUUUCAUCAGCAGAUCAAUCCCACUACGGAGGCUGCCACAGGUGGCUGCACAGCCAUUGGCUGCUCAAUAAUGCAUUGACUCAAAACAAGGGAUGCAAUGAAGGAGAGAGUGCCUGUAAUCCUUUGAAGAGGAAAAAGUGUGUGACUGGAGAGAGAAAGCUGGUGAUUAUUUCUGGGUAACUGAUUUGAGCAGAUGUUGAAGGGAAUGGCUGCUGACAAAGCGCCAUUGGGUCAAAGGCCGUAGGAAGCGAGUAACGCAGAGGAUUGGACUUGGAAUACCACAGACGAUAACUAACAAAAUAAGACCUUAUAUUUGUCAUUAUGGUGAACACCGGCAUGCAGCUGAUCAGCUUCACCUGCGCGGUGACGGGCUGGAUCAUGGCGAUCGCCGUCACGGCGCUGCCUCAGUGGAAGGUGUCGGCCUUCAUCGGCAGCAACAUCCUGACCUCUGAGAUCAAGUGGGAGGGCAUCUGGAUGAACUGCAUCUACCAGACCACCGGUCACAUGCAGUGCAAGACGUACGACUCCAUGCUGGCCUUGCCGCCGGACAUCCAGGCGGCCCGCGCCCUCAUGUGCCUGGCCAUCUUCAUGGGCUGGCUCUCCUGCACCGUGUCCUGCUGCGGCAUGAAGUGCACCACCUGCGCCGGGGACGACCGCCGCGCCAAGGCCGGCAUCGCGCUCGCCGGCGGGGUCCUCUUCAUCGUCACCGGCCUGUGCGUGCUGAUUCCCGUCUCCUGGACCGCCAACACCGUCGUCCACGAUUUCUACAACCCCAACGUGCCGACGAUGCACAAGAGAGAGCUGGGCCAGGCCAUCUACCUGGGAUGGGCGUCCGCGGUCAUCCUCAUGAUCAGCGGCGCCGUGCUGAGCAGCACCUGCCCCCUCCUGGAGAGGAGCGGCAGGUACCGCCGCGGCUACAUGGGCCGCAGCUUCGCUAACUCGCCUGCUUUGGCGCCGGAUCCCGCGAAACCCAUCACCUCUAAUAGCGUGCCGUUAAAGGAGUAUGUAUAGGAGGAGGAAACGGCAGCAAGGUCGAGAGUGGAUGCUGUUAAAAACUCUUACAUUUACUCAAGUUUCAGUCUGUGAAUUUGAAGCUUUAAAAGGGAAAUAUAUUUAUCAACAUAUCCAUCCUGUAUUUUAUAUAUCUUUGUAAAGUUUAAACGUUUAUUUGCUGUAUUGUGAUUUACAGUAGUGCCUGAAAAAAGCGCAUUGAUUUCAGCGUCUAAUCCAGUUUGACCCCUGUAAUGGCUUUAAUGAUGGCUCGUGUUGUGAAGAUUGCAGUGGGUUGUUACAGUUGAUCUCCGACAGGUUCCACCGCCCCUCGAUUCGUCACAUAAAACCUUGACUUGAAUGUGCCUUCAUCAAAUUAGUAAAAUAAAAACUGUUUGUCCCAGCGUGCUUCACUAA